AUGCUGGGGAACCUGUUGGCUAAUGGGAACGCCAGCAGCGGUAACAAGCUUGUUGUUGGCGGAAAUAACCCUAAUGGACCCAAUGCGUUGCGCAAUUUUGGUAACCUCAAGAUAACUAAGCAGCCGGGAGGACCCAAUACGAAACAUGCGGAUGGUGCACCCUCGACUGGGACCGUCGGUGGAUUGACAACAGAAGGGUUGUCCGCUGCAGCAACUGCAGCGACUACAGCAACUGCACACCAUGAGUUCUGGGGGAGGCCCGCGAUGCAUGCGCCGCCAAUUUUGGACCACAUGGCAGACGAACUCAAAUUCAAGUUGCUUGGAUCCAAAGUGGUGCCCUUUGCCAACACCGUCGAUACGUUGGAUAGUCAGCACACAAGAGAAAAUAGCUACGCGUUCCGACUCUUGCUCGCAGAGGAGACGGGCCAAAUGGCUUGCAGAAACAACUUUAGAGUUUCACUGGAUUACACUUUCUCAAGGGGUUCCCCGCUGGAGAGGAUCAGGACCAGCGAGUUGAAGGAGUACAUAUUUGGUUCCAUGGUCAGGGCGACGGAGUCACUACUUGAAAACGACAAAUUUAGAACGAUCCCAAACUCGGAUUUCGUUCUGAUCACAAGAAUAUUCCGUUUCGAGGAUUUCCCGAACAGGUUCUCCAUCAGUCUGUGUAUCCCAAACUCGCUGUUUUCAGUGGUCAGUGAGAUCUGGCAAGACAUCACAAGGUGGCUCACACAAACGCAGACAAUUGUAUUGGGAUACCUGGAAAGGAAAAACUCGCUGAAGAAACACCAUGAGGGCGCCUUUUUACCACUCGACUACAGUGCAGCAUUCCCAAAGGAUGUCGAUAAAGCGGUACAAUCUUUACAGAGGAAAUUGCUGCCUUGUUUUAGAUCGUACUCGGAGAUACCACGACUGUUCCUGUACCCAGACUACUCCAUAGACUUUGUCAACACCUGGUUCAAGGACGUCUUCAGUUGGCUGGAGAUAAAGGACGGGCCGAAACUGAAUUUCUUGUCCACGCUUUUGGCAUCGGUCGUAUUAUACUUCAAGACUUCACUUCUACAAUCCAAAUCGACAAGAGUGGUGCUCCUCUCGGGAAACAUGGUCGUCGCCAAUAAACUUAUUUUCUUGGUAUCUGGGAUACUCGAACCUCGAUGUAGGGCAAAACUCGAUCACUUGAUAACGAAGGAGGAACCACAGUUUGCAGAUGAUCACCUGCAACCGGAGAGGCAGAAGUUCGAAUAUGACAAGCACGCCGCAGAUGUUCAUGACGAUAUAACGGUCACAAGUGAAAACUCACCCUCUUCUAUAAACUCCAAAUACCACACAACCACUAAGGGCUGGGAAAUACCAAAAAAAUCCACCUCCCUUCGGUCCGUCUCCAUCUCGUCCGACAGCUCAGGUGCAGAGGUUAUCCAACCAUCGUCUCUCAAGAGCGGGAGUAGCUCAUUCAAAUAUCUUUCCUCCUCCCUGUCCAGUCAACCGGGAUCCUACGGUUCGUGGUUUAAUAAGAGGCCCACUUUUCAUGAUUAUUCCUCUCAAAGCCCCACGGGAGGGAAAGGGAAUGACUCGUGGGAGAGGAUCCCAACCACCCUGACACUUAACGGUCCGUUGCAAAGGACUACAAGUAGCACAUCUUUGCAUCAAGUGUUUGGGCGUCCGAGUGGUGGGCCCUCGAACCAAACACCGCAACAGUCGCCUUCCAUAAGCGAGUAUGAUGAGUACCCUUGGUUUGGCACACCGGAGUCCCCCAGAAUUGACAGUUUCUACUCGGCAAACAAGAAAAGAAUGCCCUACGACGUACCUUUGAAAGAAUUCAACAUCGAAAGAGACUGCCAAAAGGUAAAGCAAUCAGACCUCAUUUCUCAGGCGUUUGAUUCCAUUUGCAAAUCUUCUGACAGCAAGAAAGACAUGCCUGACGGGUGUGAAAUAAGCCGGGAGAACAACAUGUCUGCUCCAGUGUUCGACGUCAAUAUUGACGACCCGCACUGUAGAGAUGGGUUCCUUGAAACUUUGCCACUGUACACAUCGUAUCUGACGCACUUCAACUACUGGUUCCAAGUGCAAAGUAUACCAAUCACUCCUGACUGCGACCAGCAAAUUGUGUCUGCAAUGAAGAGAGAUUUGAUGACUGAACUAUUCUCAAUGACGUUGGUUGUGUCGUUACGAACAAGAGAGAUCCGUAAGCUUAUUAUGAAAAGAGAUGUCGACUCCGAGCCUGGGUGUGGGAUCAAACAAAAAAACAAGAAAAUAUUCAAUAAUGGAAAAUACGGGAAGAUAUCCCCACAAUUCAGUGCUUGUAUAAGCUUUAUGGACGGUAGUUUCAAAGCUGCUAAAUUAGUCUACGAAUCGAAAAAUAUAGACGAAAGUUACCGUAACAAGAGGAUCCUGGAAAUAUUUUCCUCUAUUAUAAACUACUCAUGA